AUGCAAUCUAUAAGCAUACGCGAAGAACGACUAGUUUUUUUUUCCGAUUCGCUACAGAAGAAAAUUCCCGUAGUGCCGAGACAUCACGUUCGAAUUGCUGCCUUCCGCUGCAGAAGAGUGCAGCGAAGGUCUCGUAUUACAGAAGCGAUCAACAGGAAACGACCGAAGUCCUCCGAGUUUUUAUCUCGAUCUUCCUGCGGUUUUAUUUCUCUUUUCCUAUUGCAAAGGACACUCGGCGCCAGAGAUGACCGCACUUAUAGUUCCUGCACGAUCAAGAUGGAUGAAGAAGAUGAGGAAAACACCCUGGAUAAAAAUGACGAUAUGACUAAUUAAUUAUCGAGAAGGCAUUGCUCAAGAUGAUAAGAUGACCGCAUUCCUGUUCCGGAAUAGAUCAAUAUUUCUUUAUUAUAAUGAAUGGGGUACAUUGGAUAUCAUUUAAUAUAAUUGAGACUAUAUACAAUUUAUGAUAAAUAAAAAUAAACUUUAAAAUAGUAUUUAGUUUUUAAGCAUUCUUACGAAAUAUCACGACCAUCUUAAUUGACAUUU